UUAAAUUAAGUGUUCACGUGAUGUUGUCAUUCUUCACGUGAUGCAAUGGCCACCAGAGGGAAAAGCGAAACGGAAAAAUUGAAACACAAUUUGGAAGAACAGUUAGACCGUCUUGUCGCCCAGCUUUCAGAUUUGGAUGAAGCAAAGGACGAAAUGAACGGUGAAGAAUACGAGGAGACAAAGUCUGAGACACUCGAGCAGCUGAAAGAGUUCAACGAGUCACUGUCGCACUUGGCAGCUGGAAACGUCACUCUGGUCGACGAACUAAGUCGUAUGCAGCUGGCUAUUCAGGCAGCUAUAAGUCAGGCGUUUCACACACCGGAGGUGAUUCGGAUGUUUGCAAAGAAACAGCCUGGACAGUUGAGACAAAGACUGGUUGAUCUGCAACGUGAUCACAAGAUGGGUAGGAUAUCAGAAGGCAUGUACACACAGCAAGCUGUUGAAAUCCUAACGGCUCUUAGGAAACUUGGAGACAAGCUUUCAGCAGCUGAGCUUGACUUCCUUACUGCCAAUUCUAGUGCAGCACUGACAGAAUUUGAAAAAGCAUCAAGUGCAGUUGCUGGUAAGCUAGACCUCACAAGGCAUAGAAGCUGUGCUGGAUAAUCUGGAAGUUUCACUUAAAGUUGCAAAAGAAUCAAGCAAACAUGCCAGAGUGAACAAACAGAAGAAUGUUUUCAGAAUUGCUCAGGAGGUUCUACAGACCAAAAGAUGGUUGUAUAUUGUCCUGGAUGAUCUUAUAGAUCAUUUAUGGGCAUGGAGCGUGAUUUCUUGCAUAGAGUGAAGCCAUCACCACUGCUCUCUUGGAUCAGAACUCGAAGCAGAAGCUACUUAUGCAUGAGGUGGUUUACUCUCCAUCAGCUUGUGAUAAGUACAUGGUACUUAUUGUAUAUGUACAUACGUAUCGGUUGAUGUAAGCCUCUACUGACUCACUUACUUUAGGAUUAAUGUCAUGUUGAUCUUCUAGUACAGUCAUGCUUUGGACAUGCACACUGAAUAAUUUUGAAAUGUUUUGGGAGUUUAAUCAGCAGCAGUUAUAGUUAUGGUUUUUGACAAUUAAGUGCAUGAUGAUUUCUGUCAUUGAAUUAAUUAACAAACAAUGGAGCAGUCGGCUCUUCAAAUAGUAGCUGUGCUAACACAGCAUUAGCUUCUAGCAAUCUGUUUCCAUGUUGAAUGUCUUUUCUAAAGUGAAUUGGAGGCACUUACUAGUUAGCAUGCAAUGCUGCA